GGUGUUUAGUGACAAGUUGUGCACCAGUCCGCCAGGUUCUGCUCCUCUGCUCUGUAUUUUGUUUCAUCACCGUUGGUGAUCAGCCAACGGUCCACUAUUACCCAAGGGGCCUUGCACAACAAGAUUGCUAACUAAUUCCUCAUUACACAAUAUCCAGUCUAGGAUUGAGUAAUCCUAGGAUAUGUAGGAUCGGUUCCUCUACAUAUUGGUUUAAAAACCCAUCGUAUGCAUUCCAGGAAAUCCUCCUCCUCAGCACUGUGACCAAUUUGGUUGGCCCAAUCCAUAUGUAGAUUAAAGUCACCCAUGAUAACUGCUGUACCUUUGCUACACACAUCCCUAAUUUCCUGCUUGAUGCAAUCCCCAACCUCCCUAAUGCUGUUUGGUGGUCUGUAUACCACUCCAACAGGCGUUUUCUGCCCUAGGCUAUUUCACAGUUCUAGCCGUAUUGAUUCAACAGCAUCCAAGCUAAUGUCUCUCCUUGCUAUUGCAUUAAUCUCCUCUUUAACCAGCUCCUCUUCCUUUCUGUCUAUCCUUCCUGAAUAUCGAAUGCCCCUGCAUGUUUAUCUCCCAGCCUUGGUCACCCUGGAGCCUUGUCUCCAUAAUUCCAACUAACAGUGCAUUCAAUGUAUCCUUAUUUGAAUGCUCCUCGCAUUAAACCACAGAGCUUUCAGGAUAGUUUUUCUUAUCACCCUUCUCCCUUUUGCUUUUGCCCUCCAUUUAUGGCCCUCUAUCUCCUUGCAUUGGGUCUCAUCCCCCUGCACUGUUAAUUUAAACGUGACCUUUCCUACACUCUCUUUCCCGUUAACUGCACGGAUACGUGUCCACGUUAUUGACACCACCCCACCACUUUAUUGUUUAAACCCACCCGUGUAGCACAAGCAAACCUGCCUGCCAGAAUGUGGGUCCCCUUCCAAUUAAGGUGCAACCCGUCCCUUUUGUACAUGUUACCCCUGCCCCAGAAGAGAUUCCAGUGAUGUAGAAAUCUAAAUCCCUGCCCCCUGCACCAACUCCUCAACCACACAUUCAGAUCCCCUAUCUCCCUGUUCCUACCCUCACUAGCACAAGGAACUGAAAGCAACCCAGGGAUAACCAGCGUAGAAGUCCUGCUUUACAGCCUCCUACCUAGUUCUCUAUACUCACGUUGCACAAUCUCCUCCCUCUUCUUACCCAUGUCAUUUGUGCCCACGUGCACAACUACUUCCGGCUGUUCACCUUCCCUCUCGAGGAUGUUCUGAAUUCGGCUCGUGACAUCUUGGACCCUGGCACCAGGGAGGCAACGCACCAUCCUCGAGUCUCACCUGUCACCACAGAAUCUACUGUCCGCACAUCGGACAAAUGGAGUCACCCACCACUAUGACUCUGCCUGACCUCCUUUCCCAGAGCUCCCUCCCUCCCAGUUGCUGGGACCCCGGAUCUCAUGCUCCAUUUCAUAUUCCGGGCCACAGUCUCCUGCUGGCUCCCACUCUCCCGGCGCCAGUGUAACAAUACUGAUUUCCGGUGCUAUCUGUGUGGAGUUUGCAUGUUCUCCCCGUGACUGUGUGGGUUUCCCCAGGUGCUCCAGUUUCUCCCACAUCGCUGAAACUAGCUGGGACGUUAAUCAGCAUCUGUAAAAUGCCCCAGUGUGGGUUAAUGGCCACAUUUGAUCGGCCGGUGUCAGAGAAUGACCAAGGUGCAGGACUACAUGGAAGUAAGGAGAGGGGCAAUGGGACUGAUGAGAUCGAUCCCCUAGACACUGGCAUGAAGCUGAUGGGCCGAGUGGUCGGCCUUGUGGCAAUCAGUUCAUGGUGGAAGAGCGAUGAAGCUGGGUUUACAGACGUGGGAUUGGUGCCAGCGUUUAUCCGGGAGAUGGUGUCAUUGAUCAGGGAGUGAACGGGAGAUUAUUGGUGCUCGGGGUUGGUGAGGGUGGAGAUGCAGAUGAGGGAGGUGGGGAACAAGAGGCUGGGGACAUGAGCUGAACUUGACAUUAACACCGAACAUCAUUCUGUCCCUCAGCCACAGACUCCGCACUCGGUGACCCGUGUGUGACCCACACCGUCCUGGAUCAGCCCUGGAGGAGCACGGAUUGUUCCAACACUGAGUGCAGAGCUGGGACAUUGAUGGGUGAUAGAAAUCUCGCCGUGGGAUGGUACAGAUUUAACAGUUCCGGUGGAUGGAAGAUUCCGGAGACUGUCGUUCCAGAGAAUCACUGCUCCGGGGAAAGACCAGGCUGGUUAGACGGUCCCCAUCCCAGUGUGGGAGACGGGGAGGUGACCAGGACAGUCUGUUUCAUUGUGGGCAGUAACAUCUGCUACAGGAACCAGGAGAUCAGGGUGAAGAACUGCACCGGUUACUUUGUGUAUCAGCUGUGGCCGUCACCCUACACCUACGCUGUGUAUUGUACAGACUCCGCACUCGGUGACCCGUGUGUGACCCACACCGUCCUGGAUCAGCCCUGGAGGAGCACGGAUUGUUCCAACACUGAGUGCAGCGAUGGGACAUGGAUGGGUGAUAGAAAUCUCACAGUGGGAUGGUACAGAUUUAACAGUUCCGGUGGAUGGAAGAUUCCGGAGACUGUCGUUCCAGGGGAUCACUGCUCCGGGCAUUACCCAGGCUGGUUAGAAGGUCCCCAUCCCAGUGUGGGAGACGGGGAGGUGACCAGGGCAGUCUGUUUCACUGCGGACAGUAACAUCUGCAACAGGAUCCGGGAGAUCAGGGUGAAGAACUGCACCGGUUACUUGGUGUAUCAGCUGUGGCCAUCACCCUACAUCUACGUUGUGUAUUGUACAGCCACAGACUCCGCACUCGGUGACCCGUGUGUGACCCACACCGUCCUGGAUCAGCCCUGGAGGAGCACGUAUUGUUCCCGCACUGAGUGCAACGGUGGGACAAAGAUGGGUGAUAGAAAUCUCGCAGUGGGAUGGUACAGAUUUAACAGUUCCGAUGGAUGGAAGAUUCCGGAGACUGUCGUUCCAGGGGAUCACUGCUCCGGGCAUUACCCAGGCUGGUUAGACGGUCCCCAUCCCAGUGUGGGAGACGGGGAGGUGACCAGGACAGUCUGUUUCACUGAGGGCAGUAACAUCUGCAACAGGAACCGGGAGAUCAGGGUGAAGAACUGCACCGGUUACUUUGUGUAUCAGCUGUGGCCAUCACCCUACAACAACGCUGUGUAUUGUACAGAUCCAGCCUCCGUACCAACUGGGGAACCCCAGGAAACAACAGCUGAACCCCAGGAAACAACAGCUGAACCCCAGGAAACAACAGCUGAACCCCAGGAAACAACACACAGCUGAACCCCAGGAAACAACAGCUGAACCCCAGGAAACAACAGCUGAACCCCAGGAAACAACAGCUGAACCCCAGGAAACAACAGCUGAACCCCAGGAAACAACAGCUGAACCCCAGGAAACAACAGCUGAACCCCAGGAAACAACAGCUGAACCCCAGGAAACAACAGCUGAACCCCAGGAAACAACAACUGAACCCCAGGAAACAACAACUGAACCCCAGGAAACAACAACU